UUCGCGUCUGUCUUGGAUUUUUACAAUAGCCGGCGGGCACACUGCCACGAGAUAAAUAUUUUUCAACAAAUAAAUAAAUAAAUAAAUAAAUCUUGGCGGUUAGAAACAAAUCAAUGGACAGCAGCAACGAUCUGUCGGAUGAGCUGAUCCGCCGCCUCAGCGUGGGCGGGGCUCUGGAGGAGGUGAUUGCCAGCGAAAUCUUCCAGGAGACGACCAUCUACGAGGACAGUAACGAUGUGGAGGCAGAGGCGGAGCCGGAUGACAUCAUUAUAGUGCACAUGGAUAUCCGGGAGCCGCUCAGCACGCUGAGGAAACUUGUUGAGCAGAAGAUCGACGUGAGCCUCAAUUACUACACAUUUUGGCUGCAGGAUGCGCAGGAGCUGGAAGCGCACAAGAACCUGGUGGAUCAGUGCGUCAAGGGCGAGGGCCUGGUACAGAUUAAUGUGCAAAUACAAACCAUAGGCAAGCGCAUCAACAUCGCCGAUGUUCUGAAACCCACGGAAGAUGCACUGGCUGCCCUGGCCUCGGAGGAAGGGACGGGCCAGCUCACCCCGCCCGAAACCGCCAGCAGUACCAGUGAAAGCUCCAGCAAAACGCCCACGAAACGAAAGAUCAAGGAGGAGUCUGAAGACGAGGGCGUGGAGGCCGGCAAGGAAGUGAAACCAGUCCUGAAUUGGGUGCUAGACAGCAAGUUUAAGCGGGAGCAGGCGCGUCUGAAGAUACCCGAGGCAGCUAGCGAGUGGACGCAGUCCCAUGUGACCCACUGGCUGGAGUGGGCCGUCAAGCAGUUUGAACUGAAGGACAUCAACAUGAGCGACUGGCAGAUCAACGGCCAGGAGCUGUGCAGUAUGACGCACCAGCAGUUCUCUCGUAAGCUGCCCCGCGAUCCCGGCAACGUCUUCUGGACGCACCUGCAGCUGCUCAAGGAGUGCAACUUUGUGUCCGUCGUGCACAAGCAGGCGGAGGAGCUGAGGAAACCCAAGCAGCCCAGGAUUAUGUCGGCCACAGGGGGGUCUGUAUCCCUGGAACAGCGAAUCAUGAGGAAAUCCUACCAGAGUGUAAAGAGUGCCGAUUCCGCUGAAAGUUGUUCUCCCGCGCCACAAAGUCCCACCAACUACACCACCAUAGGUUCCGGCAACAAUGGCCAAGUGCAGCUGUGGCAGUUCCUGCUCGAGAUCCUCACCGACUCCGAGCACACGGACAUCAUCGAGUGGGUGGGCACCGAUGGAGAGUUUAAGCUGAGCGACCCGGAUCGCGUGGCCCGUCUGUGGGGUGAGAAGAAGAACAAACCCGCCAUGAACUACGAGAAGCUGUCGAGGGCGCUUCGAUACUACUACGAUGGGGAUAUGAUCUCCAAGGUGUCCGGCAAGCGGUUUGCCUACAAAUUCGACUGCGACCUGCGCCUCCUGACUGGCUACGAUGCCCGGGAGUUGUCCCGGCUGGUGAACGAGCGAAAAAAGUCGCCCGAGCAUCUGGCCGCCAUAGAAGCCAUUAAGGAGGAUACAUGACAUGGCGCGAUCGUGGUCAAGGUGGAACCCGAUAUACUCUGGAAGUACGAGGAGCCUUAGCGCCGACUGACCUGGUCGGAAGGCGGCGCCUGCAAAAUUAUACAACUUGUUACGUAUUUUACACUCUUAAGGCACACGAUUUUAUUAUUCAAUUCGUAUUCGUUAAGCUCCAUAAUCUCUGUCUACCUAAGCUAUGGCUAUAAGUAUAAACACUUUACUCUUAAUCUGAAUAGUAUCUAUAUAGUUUGUAUAUUGAAUAUUGUUCGUUACAUGAUUGUUGCGAUUUUUGUAAAAUCCAUAAAACUAAAUUCAUUUCCACGCGA